AUGCGACAGCUCAUCUCACAAAUCUUAGAAGACGACGAGAGGCUGCUGCCUCUGAUCGAUCGAAUAUCCAUCACCCACGUGAAAAAAAAUGUCGACAACACUCUGCUUCAGAACUUCUUUCCUCAGUUGGCUGCUGACUUCAAUUUGAAAGAAACUGAAGAAGUGUGGAAAGCUUGGAAAAACCUGUUCAAGAUGAUGGACAAAUACGCGGAGUUCGUAAAGCAAAAUAUGAAAUUGCUUGAAUGA